AAACCCCACCCCUCCGUAGCGACUGUAGGCAGACUGAGAGCGGUCAGAGUGGCUGGCCAGCACACACCACCGGGGAAGGAGGAACACCACAUAAGUAACGCUAUGGCCUAUAUAACGUUGUGCUUCUCGGUUAUCGACAACAAUAACAACAACAACAACAACAAACGCCACCGUUCACGCCAAUGAACUUUCGUCGCGCCUUGGACCCAGAAGAAUAAGUUGUAUCAUAAGUUUCAUUCUGGAAAGUAUCCUGAACAAGUGUUGGAUUUCUCCUUCCUGCCUGCGGCCAAAUCUCGGAAUAGUUACGAUGUCCGCACUGGUAUUGUAUCGCUCUCUCUAAACGUGUAUCUUCGUUAUGCGUAUUAUUGUGAGGUGUUGGAUGCUGCGGACGAUCACAUAAUGGAUACGGGUGAACGUGUUGAGAGGAUGCGACCAGACGAGCCGACCCUGUUGUCCGAGGUGCUGUAGUGCUUCACGGGGGAAUUGGCGAGGUCCGAAGGCUUGUCGUGGAACCUCGGCUUCGUAGAGCUUGAAUGCCUCCUUUCCUGCUAUUCUUCUCCACUUCUUGGCACUUCCUGUGCUGCUCAGUGCACUUAAUGGCUAAAAAUACAGACCGUUCAACCACCACGGACAGCUAAAUGCACUUGAAACAAUACGGUUGGAUUGAUAAUGUGAACGUUUCCCAGUGGAGGUUGUCAUUUAGCUGGAGGUGAUAUAUUGGUCCCCUCCAUUCAAAUGAAGGAAUAAGUGGAGCUUAUCUAUUGACGGUAAGGUGACUAUGUAGGCUGCAUAUUGUGUUCAAACUAUACAUUGGGGAAGUCCCCAUCCCAUUAGUUUGAAGAGAGAGGAAUUCAAUGGGGACAUUUAGCUCUUAAACCCCGUUGGCAGAAUCCUUGACAUUAAUUGUUUUGUGGGACGAUGGCUAAUUUAGACAGACACUCAGGCUGUCAACGUUGGCCCGAGUGAAAGACGCUUGCUAUUGUCUUAUUCCAUGAACCCUCUGUAGCCUACUACUCUGGCAGGGUAUUCAAAAGCAGUCCGCUGGUCCCUGAUGAACCAACAAGAAAGUCGGGAACCGGAGUGCGGCGCCACACAGAGUACUCUUUUGUACUUUAUCUUCGACGCCCCGGGCCACAGAGUCAGACCCAGUCAAAACAUCUGGCGGAGGGCCUCAUGGAGCCGCUGAAGAGCAUGUUCACGCUGUCCAACUGGAAGAACCUGGACCAGUCGCAGAAGGGCAACUUCUCCAACCCGGUGUGGACGGCCCUGUUCGACUACGAGGCGUCCUGCAAGGAUGAGCUCACCCUGCGCAAGGGCGACCUGGUGGAGGUGCUGUCGCUGGACUCUGAGAUCUCCGGCGACGAGGGCUGGUGGGCGGGCAAGGUCAACAACAAGGUGGGCAUCUUCCCGUCCAACUACGGCUCCUUCAAGCCCAACGGCUGCGGCUUCGGCGCCCUGCCGGCGGGCGGCGUGGUGGUGGGGGAGCUGGCGCCGGCCGUGGUGAGCGCCUUCGAGCCCAAGGCGGUGGACUUCCGGGAGCUGACGCUGAAGGAGGUGAUCGGGGUGGGGGGCUUCGGGAAGGUGUACCGGGGCAUGUGGCGCGGCGAGCUGGUGGCGGUGAAGGCCGCGAGGCAGGACCCCGACGAGGACAUCAGCGUGACGGCGCAGAACGUGUGCCAGGAGGCGCGCCUGUUCGCCAUGUUCACGCACCCCAACAUCAUCGCGCUGAAGGGCGUGUGCCUGCGCGAGCCCAACCUGUGCCUCAUCAUGGAGUACGCGUCCGGGGGCCCGCUGAGCCGCGCGCUGGCCGGGCGCCGCAUCCCGCCGCUGGUGCUGGUGAACUGGGCGGUGCAGAUCGCCCGCGGCAUGCUGUACCUGCACAACGACGCCAUCGUGCCCGUCAUCCACCGCGACCUCAAGUCCAACAACAUCCUGCUGGCCCAGCCCAUCGAGGACGAGUGCAUGGAGGGGCUGACACUGAAGAUCACGGACUUCGGCCUGGCCAGGGAGUGGCACAAGACCACCAAGAUGAGCACCGCUGGCACCUACGCCUGGAUGGCCCCCGAGGUCAUCAAGGCCUCCACCUUCUCCAAGGGCAGCGACGUCUGGAGGUACGCAUGGGGCCCCCCCGCUGGGGGUCGGGCGGGGCGCCGCGGGUGGAGCACGCGCUGGGCGUCCGAGCAUGUGGGGCGCAGAAUGACUAAUAGGGAUGUCCGAUAUUGGCUUUUUUGCCGAUAUCCGAUAUGCGAUAUUGUCCGACUCUAAAUUUCCGAUUCCGAUAUCAGCCGAUACCGA